AUGUCCGCUUUCACUCUCCACUUGUCUCCCCGGCGGUUUCUUUUCUUUUCCUCCAGUGACAUUCUGCAUGAUGCGGAUUUGCAAGAACGUGCCUGGUGCCCGGAUGCGAUGAUACAUACAGAACUACGCGAGUACAUGCAAGUGGAUUUGGGCCAACAACGAAUUAUAAAACUGAUCAUUACUAAGGGUCGAGUGGCCCAAAGCAAAGUACGUUUAUUAUACCAUGUCAUUCGAAUACUAUCACCACCAUUGCCCACGUUGUAG